UUUAAAGACAUUUCUCUGUCGAGACAAAUUUAAAUCAAGGUUUCUCUGUCAGCGGAGUUUAAAGGAAGAAUUCACUGGCAUUCGUCAGAUAAAGGAGGAACAGCACAGGAAGAGGAGGAUGAACCUGAAACCUGGCUGGCUGCUGCUUCUCUCCUUCUCUGCCGCGGUCUGGUCAGUGCCUAUUGAUCGCGAUGGAGGAAACCAAGAAGUUAAACAGGAAGUGCAGGAGGAGAAUGCGGACACAGGCUUGUACUACGACAGGUAUCUCAGAGAGGUGAUCGAGGUUUUGGAAACAGACCCUCACUUCAGAGAGAAACUGCAGACAGCAAACACAGAGGACAUUAAGAACGGUCGUCUCAGUAAAGAGCUGGAUCUGGUCAGUCACCAUGUCAGGACUCGCUUGGAUGAGCUGAAGCGUCAGGAGGUUUCUCGUCUCAGGAUGCUGCUGAAGGCCAAACUGGACAGCACCAACACACAGAGUCUGCAGAUGGACCACGCCUCCCUGCUGAAGCAGUUUGAACAUCUGGAUCCACACAAUCAAAACACAUUUGAGGCCAAAGACCUUGAGCUGCUAAUCUCGACAGCCACCAAGGACCUGGAGAACUACGACGCAGAGAGACACGAGGAGUUCAAGCGUUAUGAGAUGCUAAAGGAGCACGAGAGGCGGGAGUACCUGAAGGGCCUGGACCAGGAGAAGAGGGAGAAAGAAGAGAAGAGAAUGCAGGAACUGAAAGAAAAACACCGCCAGCACCCCAAAGUCAAUGCUCCGGGUAGUAAAGCUCAGCUGCGGGAAGUCUGGGAGGAGACGGACGGACUGGACCCACAAGAGUUCAACCCUAAAACCUUUUUCAAACUGCAUGAUACAAAUGAAGAUGGAGUUUUAGAUGAGCAGGAGCUGGAGGCUCUCUUCACUAAGGAGCUGGAGAAGGUCUACGACCCAAAGAACGAGGAGGACGAUAUGAUGGAGAUGGAGGAGGAAAGACUGAGGAUGAGGGAGCAUAUCAUGAACAACGUGGAUACAAACAAGGACCGGCUCGUCAGCCUGGAGGAGUUCCUCAAAUCCACCGAGAAGAAGGAGUUCAAUAAUCCCAAAGAGUGGGAGACUCUGGACGCCAAGCCGGUGUACACGGAGGAGGAGCUCCAGCGAUUUGAGGCCGAGCUCCGGGACAAAGAAGAGGAGCUGAGGAGGAGGGCGGAGACUCUGCGUCAGGAGCAGGAGCUGCUGAAGGAGAGAGGCAAAGCGCUGGAGGCCCAGAAGAGAGAGUACCAGCAGGCAGUAUUAGAGAUGUCCCAGAGACAGAAGGAACAGCAGGCAGCAGCCGGGCAGCCUCCUGCAGGUCCUAAUGGAGAACUACGGUUUCAGCCAGAGACACAUAAACCUGAAGAUAAAAAGGCAAAAGCCCCAGAUGAUCACGAAGGCGAAGCCCAGAAUAAUCUGCCUGCUGAGCCUCCACAGAAUCUGCCUUUACACACUUAAUGCACCACGCUCUGACAGCCUUACUCACACACACACACUCACACACACACACACACUCACACACACAUAUAUUCUGAUUUGCACUGACACAGAUAUCCAGAUGGGUUCUGCAAACUGAAUUAUGUGAACUGUUCGUAUAAAUUCCGACAGACUUGGCUCGUGAAUCAUGACACGUUGUACCGUGUGUUCAUUUCUGUGGACGUUACAUUAGACUAAAGAACUCAAAACAACAGAUAUCUCAUGUAUGUAUUUUCAGAAAUCUUCCAUUACUGUGAAGUUUUCAUUCACGCAGGAGAUUAAGUGUAAAACCACAAACACCUUCAAAUAAAAUCUUAAUUUAAAACCUCUAAA